GGAAAGAAACCAUCAAGGGCAAACAUGUCCUCGCCUUUUAUAUCUUUUUGAGACGGACAUUCAACCAAGAAGAGAAAGAAAAAAAAUUUUUUUCUCAUCUUGAUGACAUAGACAUGCAUCUAUUCGUGACCAAUCAAAGUACGCGUCUUGUUCAACUGUUGAUGCAAAUGACCUGUUCUGCUGGCGUGAGAAAAUACCUCUUUUUUCUCUUAUUUCAUCAUUAUGCCCAAUCCUCAACUACGUUCUCAAGUUAUUUCUCUCUAUAAACAACUGGUCUAUUUAGGCAGAGAAUAUCCUGCAGGAUAUUCAAAACUAGAAACGAUGUACUACUUGAAAAAGUACCGUACCUUACGAAAAAGAUACAAUGAUUCAGAAUAGACAUGUGUAAAAAAGCCUUAAUUAUGUAUGAUAAACGAUAGGUUACACUAAACUAAAAUGCUGUUUAUAAAUGCAUAUACAUUGCUUCUUGUUGUUGCUGUUGUUAUUAUUGCAUAGUGUAAAAAUA